AUAGAGAGGGAGGCACACAAACCGUGCGAUGACCCACAGGGUUAUCUGAGGAAUUUGAGAGGAGCUCCAGCCGCGUUUCAUUAUGAUUUAAUACAUUCUUUGCGCAGCAGAUCUGAGAAGACCAGAGCGCGCUCCAGCGCAAAUCUUUCCACAUGCACGCGUACAGUAUCACGAUCAGAUGACUCUAACACGUGUUGUCAUAUCUCGCUGGCUCCAGUCCAAAAUUAAUCCAGGAUUACACUUUAACACAGAGAGAACUCAAUGACUAAUAAACGCAGCUGACGGAGCUUUCACUUGUCGAGGACUUCUAAAGCAAACAGGCUAUAAAAUAAACGGAAGACACGUACAGGCGAGAUCUAAAAAUGAGGUCUAAAGGAGUGUUUGUGCUUGUGUUACUAGGCGCGUUAACCGCAUAUUACGUUUAUUCACCAAUCCCGAAUAACAUAGAAGAGAGAUGGAAACUAAUGCUCACUGACUCUUUCUUCAAAACUUUAAGUCACUUGGCAGAACUUAGUGAGCAGGUGGGACUUCUGGACUUUUGGAGAGUUAUGAUGUUCAUCACCUUUGCAGAGCGAGUAGUAACUGUGUCAGAUGAGAGGGUGCAAGUGGCAGAUGAGAUUUUUGAUGGUGUAGAGGUGAUUGUGUAUCAGCCUACCCAGCAAGAAGAAACUGGAGAGCUGAGAAGAGCCAUCAUUUACCUGCAUGGAGGUGGAUGGUGUCUUGGCAGCUCCCGUAUGGGCCCAUAUGAUCUCCUAGCCAGGCACAUGGUUACUGAACUCAACGCAGUUAUUGUAUCUGUAGAGUAUCGUCUGGCCCCAGCUUAUCAUUUUCCUGCCCAAUUUGAGGAUGUGUAUCGUGUGGUGAAGUACUUUCUUCAUGUUGAGGUCCUGAAGGGCUACCAUAUCAAUCCAGAACGGAUUGCUGUGUCUGGAGACAGUGCAGGAGGCAACCUUGCAGCUGCAGUGGCUCAGCAGUUGCAGAAGGACCCACAACAGCAUGUCCAGCUAAAGGCCCAGGCUCUAAUCUACCCUGUCCUGCAAGCCUUGGAUCUUAACACUCCCUCCUACCAGCAGAACCAAUACAUGCCUAUACUGCCUCGCACACUGAUGGUGAGGUUUUGGAGCGAGUACUUCACCAGCGAUAAGUCAUUUUUCAGAGCCAUGAUGGCAAACAGACACAAUAAUCAUGAAUCGGCUGCUUUGCUUAAAUUUGUCAAUUGGAGUUCAUACUUGCCUGAUUCUUAUCGCCAGACAUACAAUUACAGUGCUCCACCUGUGGUCACUAGAAAAAGUCCAGUGCACUCUAUUAGUCCCCAUCAUUCGCUUGCAGAUCCACGAGCAUCGCCAUUGCUGGUGCCGGACACAAUGUUGCGUUUCCUGCCUAAGGCCUAUGUUUUGACCUGUGAGUAUGAUGUAUUGCGGGAUGAUGGUUUGAUGUAUGUCACACGUCUGCGUAAUGCUGGAGUUGAUGUCACACAUGAACAUUACCCCGGUGGAUUUCAUGGUGCACUAAUGUUCACUAUGUGGCCCACAGACUUUGAUAUUGGACACAGGAUGGUGGACAACUAUGUUACAUGGCUUAAGCAAAAUCUAUAAGAUUAAUGUAUAAUGCAACAGUGAUUUAUGCAUCAGUUUUGGUUGAACUAGGUUAUAUAUUUUGUUUUAUUUAUUUAAUUUUUUUUUCUGUUGUUUACAGUGCACCACUUUUUGUCUUAAAAAGGGCACACUUUUGAUUGUAUUAAUCCAUUAUGGUACAGGCAUUCCUAUUAUGACCAAAUCUGGUUUUAAGAAACACUGGACUAUAUUAUUUGUAAAGGUCAAUCAUAAAUGAAGAGUGUUGAUGAUAUGUAUCCAUUGCUAUACCUUAACUAUGUAUGUUACUAAUGAAGUUGUUCAACACGUUAGCAUGACAAUAAUAUGUUUGUUGAUCAAUCUUCUUAACAUUACACUAAUAUUGUUUUAAUAUUUAAUUUAUUAUUGUACUAUAUAUUGUACUAUUAUUAUUACUCUAAAUCUUUUGCAAUUUUCACUGACUGCUUGACAUUCUGACAGGUUUGGUUUGAUAUGCAGUAAAAAUGUCUGUCUGAUGAA